AUGUUGCGUAUUCAGGCGCACAAGGCGUUACUAUCCUUCCUGACAUCACGUAAUUCAAAGGGCCGCGGUGGUGGCGGGACUACGCCAUCAUCUAUCGCUUCGCUGCAAGGCGCGAUUAGGGCAAGUUCACAACAGCAAAACAGUGCCAACGUCAAUCGCUUCGCUCCAAGACACGGCAAGGGCAAGCUCAAUCUCCAGAACUUACAUAAGUUGCUGAAACUUUUACAAAAGUAG